AUGAGCAACUGUAAGCUGGGUCCUGAAUGGAAAACACCAAUAAGUCUUUCGAAACGCCUUAAGGUGUCGGAGAAGAAGUCGAUUUUUGAUUUGCGACUGGCUAUGCAGCAGCGUGUAGUGGGAAGGGGAGUGGCUGGCGUCGUACUAUUAGCAUAUGAGGUUGAGGAAAAGAGUCUUAGCGAUCAGGGCCACGAAUACGAGAUCGCAUCGUUUGACUACGAGGAAACGUGCGCCUUACCCGGCAAAGGCGAAAAGUUCAGAAUGUCCAGAAAUAACAAGGAGAUUAUCCGUGACUAA